AUGGAAACAAUAUCAGCUCUGUCGAGGUUGAUAUUGUGGACUUCAAUGGUUGAUUUACUUGCCGAGGGGACUGAUUUUAAUUGUAUUGGUGAUUGGGUUGUGGAGGCCACCGUAAAGAAGAAGCUUAAUGUUAUGAGUGUUCAUCUGACGAGUUCAAAGUCUUUGGUUGGAGUAGCUGGAGUUGCAUUACAGAUUCAAAAGAAGAAGAAGGGACGGGACGUGGAUGUUAUGGUGAGCUUCUUGGUGGGAAUUCUGGAAGUUUACUUAGUACUUAGAGUCAAAGAAGAGAUAGAUCAAAUGAUCAAGUGCUUUAAUUGUCAUGAAUAUGAUCACUACAAGAAUGAAUGCAGCUUGAGAAGGUCGGAAAACAAGCAGUUUCAUGCCAAGUUUGCAGAGGACAACAAUGACAGUGAAGAGACUUUGUUGAUGGCUUUCAGUGCUAUGAGUAAUGAUGAACAGAUCACAUGGUACCAGGACACAGGUUGUAGCAAUCAUAUGUCCGGUCGCAAGAAGUUGUUUGUUGAGCUAAAUGAGUCAAUACGGUCAGAGAUUACUUUUGGGAAUGCUGCAAGAAUGCCAGUUAAAGGAAACGCCAAGAUUUCUAUCCAGCUGAAGAAUGGGAUGUACAACACCAUAUAA